GGUGUACCUUCAGGACAAUCGACACCUGUCUCGCUGGCCUGAACCCGCCAGAACGGCCGCCGGGAGCCUUGAUGCGAGAAGCACAACCAUCCCCUUGAAGCUCUCGAGACCGCAACUUACAGAGCAGGUCGUCCGUCGUCACCUCAUCCACCGCUUCCAGUCCGUUCGACUCAUCGCACUACGCAAUGGUUGUCCUCGCCGCCUCCAUCUGCACUCGCGGCGGGAAAGCUGUCCUCUCGAGGCAGUUCCGCGAGAUGCCCCGGUCUCGCAUCGAAGCGCUGCUGGCGUCUUUCCCGAAGCUUGCGGACUCUGGCACACAGCACACCACGGUCGAGCAGGACAAUGUCCGUUUCGUCUACCAGCCCCUCGACGAAUUAUACAUGGUCUUGAUCACGAAUCGGCAGUCCAACAUCCUCCAGGACAUCGACUCCCUUCACCUGUUUGCACAGGUCGUAACCAGCACCUGCAAGAGCUUGGACGAGAGAGAGAUCUUGCGCAAUGCCUACGAGCUUCUGAGUGCCUUCGACGAGCUGGUCACUCUUGGGUACCGGGAAAACCUCACUAUUAGCCAGAUCAAGACCUUUCUCGAGAUGGAGUCCCACGAGGAGCGGAUCCAGGAAAUCAUUGCAAGGAACAAAGAACUUGAGGCUACAGAAGAACGCAAGAGGAAGGCGAAACAACUCGAGAUGCAGCGCAAAGAAACUGCCAGAACGGGACGAGGCGCCGCCCCGAGAGCACCCAACUACCCUACAUACACGCCUCCGAGUCGGCCAACUCCAGCUGAAACGUUUGACUCCUACGAGGCUGAGAAGAACAAGACAUUCAAGCCUACUCUCAAAGGCAAGGGUAUGCAGCUGGGCAAGAAGUCGAAGACCAACGAUAUGUUCGAGCGAGUGCGCGGAGACUUGGGCGCUGAGGUUGACGAUACGCCCUUGGUUGCACCCGCUGCACCAUCAGCCUCCACAGCCGCUGAACCUGUCGCCUCUCGGUCUUCGGUGACCGCGGAUCGUGAUGCCAUUCACAUUACUGUCAAUGAAGCUAUCAGCGCGAAGCUGUCCCGGGAAGGCUCGCUCAACUCGCUCUCGGUCUCGGGUGAUUUGAACCUUAAGAUCUCGGACGCAAGCUUGACGAAGGUUAAGCUGAACCUCACGGCAAACCCGUCGCAUGGCGCACAGUUCCGCACUCAUCCAAACGUCGACCGUGCUCUGUUUGGAAGCAGCAAGGUGAUCCAGAUGAGCAACACUGCGCGAGGCUUUCCGGUGAACAACUCAGUUGGUGUGCUGCGGUGGAGAGCCACACCGAAGACAGAUGACACGAGCGCGUUGCCCAUCAGCUUCACCGUCUGGGUCAACAAGGGUUCAGGAAACAACUACACAAUGACAGUCGAGUACGAGCUCACGGGCGGUGAGGAGCUUCGUGAUGUUUCAGUCACCAUUCCAUAUGCCACAAGCGAACCUUCGGUAUCCAGCUUUGACGCCACAUACGAGGUUUCUGGGGACAGCCUAGAGUGGACAAUCGGCACUGUGAAUGACGACAGUGCCUCCGGUUCCUUCGAGUUCGACGCCCAGGCUGAUGACGAGAACGAGUUCUUCCCUAUGCAGAUUAGGUUCUCAAGGGCAACCCCCUUUGUGGAUGUCGACGUUCUAUCUGUGGCGUUGAUCGAGGAAAAUGAGGAAGUCACUUUCUCCAAGGACAUCAAAUCAGUGGCCGACAAUUAUUCCAUCGAGUAAAAUCAGCUCAGGGAUGGAUUCCGGAGCCGUGAGAAGGGUCUUUAAACCAGCAGAUGUAGUAAAAGGCACCUUGAUUUAGAUCUGGUGGGCUGUUAGACAAAAUCGAAUCCCAUAAUGCCGAAAUCUAAACCGUCGUUCCGGGGUAUGGGCACAUGUGAGCAAGCCAUUUGUUUGAGCAGGACUUUGCGGGUCUGCUUGGGAGUAGUUGCGGGUGGUCCUAGUAUGACUGCACCCUGGCCAUGCGUAUGGCAGUUUCAACGUGCUUGUUGCACAGUCUUGCACUGUUAAGUGGGAAGGUGCACAAUAGCUUCCAGACACGUCAACACUGUUUUGCAAACACG